GUCAUCUCCUUUCUCUUCUUCUUCUUCUUCUUCCAUUUCAUAGCUACAGUUACCAAGAAAUGGACAAUGUCGUUUACAUGACUCUUUGAUUCCUUUUACUUGUGGAGAAAACUGUUUUUUUGCUUUAAAUCUGAUUCGAAUUGCUUCUAUUAAAGUCAUGCGGAUAACAUUUUCGAUGAUACUAGUCUUAGUGAUAAGCGUUUCAGGAUCUUCCGACUUUGAAGCUCUUUUGGAGAUCAAGAAAGGCAUACAGACAGACCCAUCUGGUAAAGUUGUUACUUCAUGGGAUGCAAAUGCUCUAUCCUCUGAUAUGUGUCCUCAAAACUGGUACGGAGUUUCUUGUAGUAGCGGAGAUGUUACAUCCAUAGAUUUGAACGGUUUAGGUUUGCUUGGGGAUUUCAGUUUCCCUGGUCUCCGAAAGCUUCAAAACUUGUCCAUUUCGAAUAAUCACUUUUCUGGAACUCUCUCCAGGAUUGGUUCUUUCAAGUCUCUCAAGUAUUUGGAUGUGUCGAACAACAUGUUCCGGGGCUCAUUUCCUUCUGGAGUUGAUAAUCUUGACAAGCUGAAGUACCUUGAUUUGCAAGGAAAUAGUUUCUCUGGGGAAGUGAUGAGCUUGUUUUCUCAGUUACAUAGUGUGGAUUAUGUAGACGUAAGCAGGAACAACCUGUCGGGUUCGUUAGAUAUGGGUCUCGCAAAGUCAAGCUUUGUUUCUUCGAUUCGGUACUUGAAUGUGAGUGGGAACUCUUUGGUUGGACAGCUUUUUGCUCAUGAUGACGACAUCCCGUUUUUCGAUAGCUUAGAGGUGUUUGAUGCUAGCAGUAACCGUUUCUCUGGCUCUGUUCCUUUCUUCAGCUUUGUUGUCUCUCUCAAGAUUCUUCGGUUACAAGACAAUCAGUUCUCGGCUUCUUUACCACAGGGCCUUCUGCAGGAGAGUUCAACCAUCUUAUCCGAGCUAGAUCUUAGCCUCAAUCAAAUUGAAGGUCCGGUUGGAAGUAUAACCUCUUCAACGCUAAAGAAACUCAAUUUGUCGUCAAAUAGACUAUCAGGGCCAUUACCUUUGAAAGUAGGCCAUUGUGCCAUUAUUGAUCUGAGUCACAAUAACAUCUCAGGAGACUUGUCAAGGAUACAGAGUUGGGGGGAUUAUGUAGAAUCUAUACGGUUGACUUCAAACUCACUCACUGGAACACUACCUAGCCAAACUUGUCAGUUCUUGAGGCUGACUUCUCUGGAGGCGGCUGACAAUUCGUUGCAGGGUGUGCUACCUUUUAUCUUAGGAACUUAUCCUGAACUGAAAGAGAUUGACCUCAGUCAUAACCAGCUUAGCGGAUACAUACCUGAAAAUUUGUUGGUGUCUGAAAAGUUGACGUAUCUCAAACUGUCAAACAAUAACUUCUCUGGUUCACUUCCUCUACAAGAUGCAGCAAGUAGUGCAGGAAACCUUAGCUUGACUAAUAUUGAUCUGUCGCAUAACUCCUUAAGUGGAGUUCUCUCCGAUGACCUAACCCGCUUCCGAAAUUUGGUUACUUUCGACCUUUCUUAUAACAACUUCGAAGGGAAUAUACCUGAUGGCCUCCCAGACAGCUUAAAGGUUUUCAUUGUCUCUGCCAAUAAUUUCUCUGGAAACCUACCUGAGCGUCUUCGACGGUUUCCAGAUUCAGCUUUUCGUCCUGGGAAUGCGUUACUAGUGAUUUCUGGAGAAAAUCAUAAAGAUAUAAUGACCUUAGGAAAGCAUAUGAAGUCUUCCAUAAAGGCAGCUCUGAUCAUAGGCUUAGUAGUGGGUGCUGCGGCUCUACUUGCACUUGUCUGUGUGUGGUUUCAUUUUAUGCUAAAGAAGCAACACGAGGAAGAAGAAAAGAGUAGCCUGCAAAAUACUGAGCCUUUUCCUCCUUCUCAUGUGACUGCAGAAAAGUGUGUACCUUCUUCGUCUUCUACUUCCACAACAAAGGCCAAGCUGCUGGUUUCUUCCCAAUAUAGUGACUCUGAGAAUCCUUCAUCGCAAGUAUCUCCAUCGCUGUCUAGAAUCCAUAAUUCUCGCCAACCUUGUGUGAAGCUGGAUGGGAACCUAUACAUUUUCGACAACACUUUUCUUACGCUUACAGCAGAGGAACUGUCUCGUGCUCCAGCUGAAGCUAUGGGAAGGAGCUGCCAUGGAACACUGUACAGAGCAGUGCUCAACUCUUCUGAUUCUGUAUUAGCUGUCAAAUGGUUAAGGGAAGGGACUGCAAAAGGCAUGACAGAAUUUGCUAGGGAGAUAAAGAAACUUGGGAACAUCAAACACCCAAAUCUUGUUUCUCUUCAGGCUUACUAUUGGGGCCCGAAAGAACACGAGAAGCUUAUCAUUUCAAGAUACAUUGAUGGACCCUGUUUAGCUUUCUAUCUCCAAGAGGCUGGCUUGCUAAACCUCCCACCAUUGUUGCUCGAAAAUCGUCUUAAAAUUACUCUGGACAUAGCCACUUGUCUUAGUUACCUGCACAACGAGGAAGCAAUUCCACACGGGAAUCUGAAAUCAACCAAUGUUCUCCUUAAACCUCCUGAGUUUAGUGCACUCCUAACAGAUUACAGUCUCCAUCGGUUAAUCACACCAGAAGCCACAUCAGAGCAAGUUUUGGAUGCAGCUGCUCUCGGCUACUGCCCUCCAGAGUUUGCUAGCUCAAGUAAACCCUACCCUUCUAUGAAAAGCGAUGUGUACGCCUUUGGUGUCAUCUUGUUAGAGCUUCUAACGGGAAAAGUGUCAGGAGAUAGCGAUGAUCCAGGGGUCGUUGAAUGGGUUUUAAUGCUUGUGGGACAAAACCGUGCGGCCGAGUGUUUUGACCCAUCCAUUAUUAAGACAAAAAAUGCCUCUGGAGUUCUUACUCAGGUCUUGCAGAUUGCUCUGAGCUGUAUCUCACCGGCACCAGAGAGGUCCGACAUGAAAUCCGUCUGUCAAGAGCUCUUUAGAAUUGUUCUCAAAGGGACAAAUUAAAAGGCAGAGAGAUAAACACUAUCAUCACUCAUGUAAUUGGCCUCAUGUUUCUACAUUAAUUCCGUUUGUAAACUGUAAAUCUUAAGACGAAUAGUAACCACUUAUUUGGCUCUCGGGGGACUUCGGACCUUAAAUUCUCUCCAAAUCUUCUGGUGCAAUGUAUAUCUCCAGAAUGUAAUUAUACAUACUUGUCUUGUUCGGUGUGGUAGUAAACAGUUUUCAUAUGGCGAA